AUAAAAGUAGCUGUAUCAUUCAUCAAGAUAAAAAUAUUAUAAUCUACAAUUUGUUCUACUGGCACUAUCACAAUAGAAUUCUUGAUAAACACGCCGGUUUAAAUAAUUCAGUUUUAUGGUUAUUAUACUGCUUCGUAUCGUAACACUCGUGGAAAUCGGACAGGUCUUUAAUUAAAGAUAAUUUACGUCACUCUCAUGUUUAUUUCUUCCACUCAAACUUGAAGAAAAUAUGCGUGGCUAACAACUCUACCUGCGUGGUUGUAUUUUUUGAAUUGUUUAUAAGUUGAAUGGGUACAAAAUGCAAAAUAAUGUAAAUACGGUUGCCGAAAAGGUGGGAAAAGAUGGUGAACAUGCAGCAGAUUUGGAUCAAGCCUUGGCAGUAGCAGGUUUAGGAUGGUACAACAUCAAAUAUUCCUUUAUAUUGGCCCUGUUCUUGAUAGGCGCUAUCGUGGAACCACUCGGCUACUCCUUCGUGGUACCAGCAGCAAUGUGCGAUCUGGAGAUGACUGAAAGCCAACGAGGAUUCAUAGCAUCAAUACCUUACAUAGGUAUCGUGGUUACAUCAUUUCCAUGGGGCUAUUUAGUAGAUACUCGGGGCCGUAAGAAUGUGGUCGUGAUCGCAUCAUUCCUCGCCGGAGUAUUUGGCGUAGUGGCUGCAUUCAUGCCAAACCUCAUAGCAUUUGCGAUUGUUAAAUCCAUCUCAGCACUAUGCAUAGCCUGCCCGGCGGCAGUGCCCUACACGUUCAUCGGCGAGAUCAUCCCUGCCAAGAACAGGGACCUCGUUCUAUCCGUCACUAAUGCUCUGCAAGUUAGCGGAACACUUGUUGUCCCAUUACUGGCUUGGGCUAUACUGCCUCUGGAUUUCCGAAUAGACUUCGGUCUGUACUUGUUCAGGCCCUGGAGGCUGCUCGCCAUAUUGUACGCGAGCGUCUUCAUCAUAGCUGCUGCUCUCAUGAUGUGUGGUCCGGAGAGUCCAAAAUUAUUAGUUUCUCAAGGAAAGAUGGAUGAAGCCCUUGAAGUUCUACAAAACAUCUACAGAGGCAACAAAAAGAAAGGAGCUGGUGAAUUUCCAAUCAAGCGGUUGAUAGCGCCUCCAUACGACAGUGAGAAGAAAACUUUCUUUAAAUCUUUACGAGUACAAAGCGUGCCUCUUUUCAAGCCGCCGUAUGUAAAAUGGUUCGCUUUGAAUAGUUUCCUCAUGUUUGGCGUGUUUUCUACAUUAAAUGGUCUAUACAUGUGGGUACCCGACGUGCUAAAUAGAGUUAUGGCUGGCGACGGUGACGAUAAGACGGCGUGUGACAUUAUCUUCGAUAGGCUCAAUCAGACAUCAGAAAGCGAUGAAUGCGUAGACACAAUAGAAACAGUAACAUUUGUUAUAAAUGCAGUAGCUAACGCAAGUUGCACUGUGAUCUGCCUGGCAGUCGGUAGCUGUGUCAAAUUUAUAGGCAAGAAGAGGCUCCUUAUCAUAGUACUGUUACUAACAGGAACAUUCUGUGUUCUCAUCAACUUUAUAACUCAAGAUAUGGUCUUCGCUGUCCUUCUGUCCUCGAUACAAAUAUUAUCUUUAGCUAUAGGACCGAUCAAUGCAUACUCUGGAGAGUUUUUCCCAACACAUCUAAGGGGCAUGGCGGUAGGACUGACAAUGAUGUGUGGACGAGCUGGCUCUAUCGUCGGUAUCAACGUCGCAGGAGUUCUUCUGAACGCUGUCUGCGAAUUGACGUUCUACGUAUUUGGAGGUUUAUUAAUAGUGUGCGGACUGCUCUCAUUUUUACUCCCGGGGUCACAAAGACCUUUAGUCAAGAAGGAACUACAGCUGGAAAAUUCACCAAGCGAUAAUCGAAAUGCAGAAAUUUCUCAUUUGUGAGAACUUUGUGCAUUUCUGUAAGUGUGUGACUAUGUGCAUAGCUGUGAGUAAAUUAUUUUGGAAUAAAAUUAUUUUUACCUAAU